AUAUUCUACAUCCAUAAAUUCAUUAUACAUGGAUUAAGAAAAGAAAACACUAUUCCUCACAUUUUCCACAAAUUCUCUUUUCACCCCCAACGGCACCAUUCAAUCUUUGCUUAUAUAUAUCAGUCUCUCCUUUGCUCUCUCUAUAUAUAGCCAUUUCAGUUUCAGCUGCUCUUCUCCCCUCCUUUAAACAUUUCUUCCUAAUUAAUUACUUUCCUAUUUCUUUCUCUUUCUUAUCACAGAUUUUCUCUCUUAUGGCUCACACCAAAUCCCAUGCCUUUCUUUUAUCUGGGAAGAAGAGACCCAACCAAGAUGAAUUUGACGGGGACGAUCUUUUUCUUUCCAAGAAAUCCUUGCUUUUGUCUCCUGCUGUAACCUACGGUGACGAUCCCGUCGCUGCAUUAGCUGCCGCACGCCAUGAGUUCGGUGAACAUGGAGGCGUUAACAUGUCUAUCGAGGCCUCCGCCACCUUCACUGUCAUGGAGCCCGACACUAUGCGCCGCAUGUUCUCCGGCGAGCUGGGCCCUGAUCGGGACUUCUUCAUCUACAGUCGCCACUUCAACCCCACCGUCUUGAAUCUUGGCCGCCAGAUGGCCGCCCUGGAAGGAACCGAGGCCGCCUAUUGCACUGCUAGCGGUAUGUCUGCGAUAUCCUCGGUGUUAUUGCAACUUUGCAGCAGUGGAGGACACGUGGUGGCUUCGAGGGCUCUGUAUGGUGGGACUCACGCCCUGUUGAGCCAUUUCUUACCGAGGGCGUGCAACAUAACGACGACGUUUGUUGAAAUUGGAGAUGUAGAAAUGGUGAAAAAUGCCAUAGUUGAAGGCAAAACCAAGGUGUUUUACUUCGAGUCCAUGUCGAAUCCUACUCUCACCGUAGCUAAUAUCCCUGAACUCAGCAGAAUUGCCCAUGAGAAAGGUGUGAUGGUGGUUGUGGACAACACUUUUGCCCCAGUGGUCCUGUCUCCGGCACGUCUAGGGGCGGACGUGGUUGUGCAUAGUAUUUCCAAGUUCAUCAGCGGCGGAGCUGAUAUCAUUGCAGGUGCUGUUUGUGGGCCGGCCAGCCUUGUGAACUCAAUGAUGGACCUUCAUCAAGGGACUUUGAUGCUUCUUGGGCCUACAAUGAACGCCAAGGUGGCCUUUGAGUUGUCAGGGAGGAUUCCUCAUUUGGGCCUCAGAAUGAAGGAACAUUGCCACCGAGCGAUGGAGUUUGCAACAAGAAUGAAGAAACUAGGCCUCAAAGUCAACUACCCAGGCCUUGAAGACCACCCACAACAUGAGCUCCUCAAGUCCAUGGCUAAUAAGGACUAUGGAUAUGGUGCACUUCUCUGCCUUGACAUGGAGACUGAGGAAAGGGCUAACAGAUUGAUGCAGCACUUGCAGAACUUCACCCAAUUUGGGUUAAUGGCUGUGAGCUUGGGCUACUAUGAGACCUUAAUGUCAGUCUCUGGUAGUAGCACUAGUAGUGAAAUGAGUGCGGAGGAAAAGAAAUUAGCUGGAAUCUCACCUGGGCUAAUCAGGAUGUCUGUUGGGUACAUAGGCACUUUGGAGCAGAAAUGGAGCCAAUUCGAGAAGGCGCUUUUGAGAAUGCAGGACUCAGGCUUCACUUACAAGAAUUCAGUUUCUGCUGUUACCAAAUAGAAGCAAACAUAUAGCCUUUAAAAAUAAAACGCUUCUCCAUGGCGUCCGCGGCCCCUGCAUUCUGCAAUAAUAAAUUAACGAGCCUCGUAAAUAUGCGUGUACAAAAUCAAACUUGUUGAGUUUUAAAGGAGCUUAGAAACCUCCCUGAGCAAAUCUAUGUUGCAUGCACGUUCAACGCCUGCAUUUGAAAUUCA